GCGGAGCGGCGUGAGCGCCGGGACCGCCGGAUUUACGGGUUCCGUCUGACGGAGGCUUAGAACUUGUAACUUGGGCAUUGUCGUGACUUCCUUUUUUGUCACCGAGAGGCUUCGUGCCGGAGGACUUUGGACAGGCGAGUGUCCGUCUCUCGUUCUUGCAAAGUCACGACGGCGCUCUGAAGGAGCGGGCUGUGCCCGCCGCUGAGGGGGAGCCGUGCGGUGCGCCCCGAGUGGGGGCUGCGCUUGGGGGGAUCUGAAAGAAGCACGCUUCUGCAAAUUAGCGUCAGCUGCGCUCGUGGCUUCAGGAAAAGGGCUUCAGAGCGGCUGCGCUGCGGUGGGUUUCGGGACGUCGCAGGUGCUGUAGGUGUGGGUUUGGCUGUGCGGUUCGGCGGGCCCUGGAGAACGUGUGCCGCUCCGAGGAGCCGCAGCCUGCGCGGGGGGCUGCGGAACCGCCAACUUCAGGUUCUGCACGGGAGUUAAUUAGUGUGACUCAUUAAGUAGGGCGAGCGACUCUUUCUAACAGCGCGAGCUGCUGGAGCAGGUUUUGGUGGUUACGUGCUCCUGUUGACUCUUGUGCCUGCUGUAGUGCCACAGCUGGCAAUUUAGUAGGCAGCUGAGCCUAUGCGUUCCUGAUAUGCCCUGUUAAUGAGGGACCCGAGAAAUGAAGUGCUCUUGCACACAGAUCUUGUGUUCAGUGUUGGUUGCACAGAGCAGAAGCAAACUCGAGAGUGAGUCUGAAGGCUGCUGAAGGUCCAUAUGUGUCACAGUUCCAGCUUUCCAUCUCUAGUGUUCUCAGACGUCUGCCAGUCACGGAAGUGAGUACUGUGUAGUCUGCUGUCAAAGAUGGUGAAGCUGGAUAUACACACACUGGCUCAUCACCUCAAGCAGGAACGACUGUAUGUAAACUCAGAAAAGCAACUUAUUCAGAGGCUGAACGCAGACGUGUUGAAGACAGCUGAAAAGCUGUACCGCACAGCAUGGAUUUCCAAGCAGCAACGGAUUAACUUGGACAGACUGAUCAUAACAAGUGCGGAAGCUUCUCCUGCUGAAUGCUGUCAGCAUGCUAAAAUCUUGGAGGAUACGCAGUUUGUGGAUGGAUAUAAGCAGUUGGGAUUUCAGGAGACUGCUUAUGGAGAGUUCCUAAACAGAUUGAGAGAGAACCCUAGGCUUAUCGCGUCCUGUCUGGUUGCUGGAGAGAAGCUCAACCAGGACAACACCCAGAGUGUCAUUCACACAGUCUUUACCUCCAUUUAUGGCAACUGCAUCAUGCAGGAGGAUGAGAGCUACCUCCUGCAGGUCCUUCGUUACUUGAUCGAAUUUGAACUUAAGGAAAGUGACAACCCUAGGCGGCUGUUGAGACGAGGCACUUGUGCGUUCAGCAUCUUAUUCAAACUUUUCUCUGAAGGACUUUUUUCUGCGAAACUCUUUCUUACUGCAACUUUACAUGAGCCAAUCAUGCAGCUUCUGGUUGAAGAUGAAGAUCAUCUGGAAACUGAUCCAAACAAAUUAAUUGAGAGAUUCUCUCCAGUCCAACAGGAAAAGUUGUUUGGAGAGAAAGGCACAGAAAAAUUUAAGCAAAGAGUCCAAGAAAUGGUUGACUCCAAUGAGGCGAAGCUGGUGACCCUGGUGAACAAGUUCAUUGGCUAUCUGAAACAAAAUACGUACUGUUUUCCACAUAGCUUGCGAUGGAUCGUGUCACAAAUGUACAAAACGCUCUCGUGUGUAGACAGACUGGAGGUUGGGGAGGUCAGAGCAAUGUGCACAGAUCUCCUUCUAGCAUGUUUCAUCUGUCCUGCAAUUGUUAAUCCAGAGCAGUAUGGGAUAAUUUCUGAUGCACCUAUAAAUGAAGUGGCGAGAUUUAAUCUGAUGCAGGUUGGGAGACUUCUGCAGCAGUUGGCAAUGACAGGUUCUGAAGAGGGAGAUCCACGUAUGAAGAGCAACCUUGCUAAAUUCGACAAAAGCUGUGUUGCAGCUUUCCUGGAUGUCGUUAUUGAUGGCCGUGCAGUUGAAACUCCUCCCAUGUCUUCUGUCAACCUUCUGGAGGGGCUGAGUAGAACAGUGGUUUACAUGACAUACAGCCAGCUAACUACUCUGGUUGGUUUCAUGCGAAAUGUAAUGUUGAGUGAUCAACUUAAGGAAGAUCGGAUGGCUUUGGAAAACUUGCUAGCAAACUUACCCCAGAACAAACCAGGGAAAAGUAGCAGCCUUGAAAUGACGCCGUAUAACACCCCCCAGCUCUCUCCUGCAACUACUCCAGCUAACAAAAAAAAUCGAUUACCGAUAGCAACUCGUAGCAGAAGUAGGUCAAAUAUUCUCAUGGAUCAGCAUGGGGAUCACGAAGGGUCCUCCCAGGAGACCAUCCCAGAAGUUCAGCCGGAAGAAGUGCUGGUGAUUUCUUUGGGAGCAGGUCCACAGAUUACUCCAGGAAUGAUGUCAGAAAAUGAGGUCUUAAAUAUGCAGCUUGCAGAUGGCGGACAAGGAGAUGUCCCUGUUGAUGAAAACAAGCUCCAUGGUAAACCUGAUAAAACCUUGCGCUUUUCACUCUGCAGUGAUAAUCUGGAAGGAAUAUCUGAAGGUCCUUCAAAUCGCUCCAACUCAGUAUCAUCUUUGGAUUUGGAAGGGGAGUCUGUAUCAGAGCUUGGUGCAGGUCCCUCUGGGAGCAAUGGUGUUGAAGCUCUGCAGCUGCUGGAGCAUGAACAAGCCACAACUCAGGAUAAUCUUGAUGACAAGCUCCGUAAAUUUGAAAUCCGUGAUAUGAUGGGGUUGACUGAUGACAGAGAUAUAUCAGAAACUGUGAGUGAAACUUGGAGUACAGAUGUCUUGGGCAGUGACUUUGAUCCAAAUAUUGAUGAAGAUCGUUUACAAGAAAUUGCAGGUGCAGCUGCAGAGAACAUGCUAGGCAGCUUGCUGUGUUUACCAGGUUCAGGAUCUGUGUUGCUUGAUCCUUGCACAGGUUCAACCAUCUCAGAAACCACAAGUGAGGCCUGGAGUGUGGAAGUAUUACCAAGCGACUCAGAAGCCCCAGAUCUAAAACAGGAGGAAAGGCUGCAAGAACUGGAAAGCUGUUCUGGGCUGGGUAGCACAUCAGAUGACACAGAUGUAAGGGAGGUCAGUUCUCGACCCAGUACACCAGGCCUCAGUGUUGUAUCAGGUAUUAGUGCAACAUCUGAAGAUAUUCCUAAUAAGAUUGAGGAUCUCAGGUCUGAAUGUAGCUCUGACUUUGGGGGAAAAGAUUCUGUGACAAGUCCUGACAUGGAUGAAACAGCCCAUGGAGCCAGUCAGUUGACAUCUCCUCCUUCUCAGACAGAUUCUUUACUUGCACUGUUUGAUCCUUUGUCAUCGAAUGAGGGUGUGUCAGCUGUUGUACGGCCUAAAGUACAUUAUGCAAGACCAUCUCACCCACCACCAGAUCCACCAAUUUUGGAAGGAGCUGUGGGAGGUAAUGAGGCUCGAUUACCAAACUUUGGGUCUCAUACUUUAAUUCCAACUGAUUUAGAAGCGUUCAAGCAGAGGCACUCUUAUCCAGAAAGGCUGGUCCGCAGCAGGAGUUCAGAUAUAGUGUCAUCAGUUCGGAGACCUAUGAGUGAUCCUGGGUGGAACAGACGUCCUGGUAAUGAGGAGAGGGAGCUUCCAAUGCCAGCCACGGGGACAGCUGUUCUGAUGGCUACAUCGCAGUCAUCGUCUUCAUCUCCCAGUAAGGACUCCUCUAGGGGAGAGAUUGAUGAGCGUAAAGACAGCGAUGAUGAGAAGUCUGACAGAAACAAGCCAUGGUGGAGAAAACGCUUUGUGUCUGCAAUGCCCAAAGCUCCAAUUCCAUUUAGAAAGAAAGAAAAGCAGGAAAAAGACAAAGAUGAUAUGGUACCUGACAGAUACUCAACACUACAAGAUGAUCCAAGCCCGAGGCUCAGUGCUCAGGCUCAAGCUGCAGAAGAUAUUCUGGACAAAUACAGGAAUGCAAUUAAGCGAACCAGUCCUAGUGAAGGAGCUUUAGUAAACUAUGACAGUGGAGAGACUACAGGGGACGGUGAGAGUGUCCACGACUCUCCACGUGAUGAGGCUUUGCAAAACAUGUCUGCAGAUGAUCUCCCAGACUCUGCAAGCCAAGUAGCUCAGCCACAAAGUUCUGCUUUCUCCUAUAGGGAUGCAAAGAAGAAAUUGAGGUUGGCUCUCUGUUCAGCAGAUUCUGUUGCCUUUCCAAUGUUGACACAUUCAACGAGGAAUGGUUUACCAGAUCACACAGAUCCUGAAGAUAAUGAAAUUGUGUGCUUCUUGAAAGUUCAACUAGCUGAAGCUAUUAAUCUUCAAGACAAGAACUUGAUGGCCCAGCUGCAAGAAACAAUGCGAUGUGUAAGCCGCUUUGAUAACAGGACCUGUCGGAAGCUGCUAGCCUCUAUUGCAGAGGAUUAUAGGAAAAGAGCUCCGUAUAUUGCUUAUUUAACUCGAUGUCGCCAAGGCCUGCAGACAACACAGGCACACUUGGAAAGGCUAUUGCAAAGAGUUCUGCGAGAUAAAGAAGUGGCCAACAGAUACUUCACUACAGUGUGUGUGAGGUUACUGCUAGAGAGCAAAGAAAAGAAAAUCAGGGAGUUUAUUCAAGAUUUCCAGAAACUUACGGCAGCAGAUGAUAAAACAGCCCAAGUUGAAGAUUUUCUUCAGUUCUUGUAUGGAGCAAUGGCUCAGGAUGCCAUAUGGCAGAAUGCUAGUGAAGAACAGCUUCAGGAUGCACAAUUAGCUAUAGAGCGCAGUGUGAUGAAUCGUAUUUUCAAACUUGCAUUCUACCCUAAUCAGGAUGGAGAUAUUUUACGUGACCAGGUCCUUCAUGAGCACAUACAGAGGUUAUCUAAAGUGGUGACUGCAAACCACAAAGCACUUCAGAUUCCUGAGGUGUAUCUCCGGGAGGCACCGUGGCCAUCUGCACAGUCUGAAAUCCGUACAAUAAGUGCUUACAACCCCCGCGACAAAGUGCAGUGUAUCCUGCGAAUGUGCUCAACCAUUAUGAACCUCCUUAGCCUGGCAAAUGAAGAUUCAGUACCCGGGGCAGAUGAUUUUGUUCCUGUUCUGGUCUUUGUUCUCAUAAAGGCAAAUCCACCUUGCUUGCUGUCCACUGUUCAGUACAUAAGUAGUUUCUAUGCCAACUGCUUAUCUGGAGAAGAGUCCUACUGGUGGAUGCAGUUCACAGCAGCAGUUGAAUUCAUUAAAACUAUUGAUGAUCGCAAGUAACUCAGCACAUACAUGGGCAGACUGUUAGCAGAAGAGUCUGUAAGAAUGUACAACAGCUGUGAAAGCUAAGAAGAGACUUUCAUUGUAUAAUAUUGUACAGAAUCGAGGCAUUUUAAAACACACCUUUACUAAUCAAAUUAAUUUAACAGGUUUUCCUCUUCUCUUUUGGUUGCAUUUUUCUCCCCUAUAGAUACUGGCACUGAACAAGGGACCACAGUUUUCAGGUAUUUUGGAAUCUCAAAACAUACAGAAAAGUCUUUGUGGUUUUUCCACCACCCUUCUUCCUGAAUUCUCACUCACGUAAAUAAUUCACUUCAUUUCUAAUGGAACACUGAAACAAGAAUAAUCAGGGCAACCACUUAGCGUACUUUCUAGCUCAGUACACCUUUUAUUAAUGAAACACCAGCCACACUGAAAGUUUGAAGUAGGUGACAUUAGAUACCAAUUGUAUUUCACCUAAAUUGAAAAUCAGAGAGGACAAUGUAAAUAGUAUAUAACUAUAUUUAAUGCAUCGCAGUUAUCUUUGGACUCAUCGUCCUUUGAAUAAACAAGCAAAAGCCUCUCUGACCUCUAACAGGUUGUUACGUACUGUGCUUUGGUAAAUGAAAGGACUUCCUCAAAAAGGCAAAGGUUAAAAAAGGGCAAAUGGAACUAUUUAUUAAAAUGUAAUUAAGAGUACUGAAAUUUCUGAACUGGAAUUUAUAAUAGGGCUUGUUAGAUAGCUGAACACUUUUUGGCUAGGGCAUUAGGGCACUAUAAGGGUUUGAAUAUGUAAAGGAGAAAGGGUCUGUAAGUUACAGUAGAUAAGCCUAAUAUAAGAGAGGAGUAAUAAAAUACCUUACUGUAAUAUUUUUUUCUGAAAUAUUGUGUAUACUGUACAAACCCCAAACAGAGAUCCUUAACAGAACCUUGGGCUGUAAUAUAUAUUUUGAUUAGUGACAUUAAAUACAUAUACCAGGGGUUUCAGUGAAUGUUUUUACUAAAUGUUCUUCAUGUUGUCUGCUAUGCAGCAGUGCAAGUUUUACUGUUCAUAUAAAAUAUUUUAAAAUGUAACACUGUUCUUUAUGAAACAUAUCAUGGCAUCAGUUCAGGGUGUUUUAUAGAUUUCCCACCCCACCUUUCCCUUAAACUGACAAUUAUGAAUUCAAAGAAGUUUUUAUGCACAAUACCAUGUGGAUUUUUCAUGAAUGAAACAGUCUGGGUGAUGGCCAGUGGUUGUCACGCAUAACAAGCAAUUGCUGUUCUUUUUUAGCUACAAUUACACUGAAAAAGGGCAGUGAGGCCUUUAUCUUUUUCAUGUCAGUAUUAUUCUUUGCUCUUCCUGGAGUGUGGAGCGCACUUCUGACAGAAGGGCACGUUCAGAUGUGGUGUCUGUGAGUGGUAAAGGAAGGAAAAUCUUUCUCAUGUUCUUUGCAAAAUACUUUUUUUUUUUGGUUUUGUGAAUGUGUGCAUUCUGAUGAUAAAAACCUGUACACAAGUAGUAUUCCAGAAAACAAUUUGGUUAACUGCAAUUAGAACAAAUUAUGCAAACUGUGCUUGCUUUGGCUGUGCUACUUGUCAAGGCAUCAUUAAAGAAACUUCUUUACUAGGACUCUUCUAAUACGUAAUUCGGUGUGGCACUUUUGCCAAGCUAAUCCUAAGUGAGAGAGAGGAAUGGGAACUUUUAUUUACAGUCUUUCUGCUCUGAGAGAUUUCAUUCUGUGGAGGAGCAAUACUCGAUAGAAAUGGAAUUCCUCUGAUUGCCUUACUGCAGUAUUCCAGUUAUUUAGCCUUGAUGGGUUAUUGGUGCUGAACACGUAACUUAAUAUUGCAAGCACAGCCCUGACCAAUAACACUCAGAAGCGAAGCACAAAUAUGCCCUGGAAGGUAUGGCAAGAUCAUCUCUAAAAGCAAUAUAAACUUAUUUAUAGUGAAGUCUCCUUAAUAUUUGAUUAUUACUUGGGUAUCAGAUGUUAAGCCCAAUGUAUUAAAGUUCCUUUAUUCCUGCAUUUGGGUUUUAGUUGAGGAGAAUAUCUGAUCCCUAAAUUGGUCUUGUUUUGAAUUGUACUGGUUUAAAGGAUGGCACCAAGACACUAAGCUGGCGAUCGCCCUGUGCAUCGCUUCCCUUUGCCUGCUGGCAGAUGGGGUCUGAUCAGCACCAUCACGUCGUUCAGAUUCGCUUUCCUUGAUGGAAGCGGUAAGAACCAUUUCCUUUGCAGUCUUUCUUACAUUGUGUAGAAAAAUACUUAAAAGAACUGGAGUCAUUCUAAAAAAUUAUUUUAAAAACAGUGUUUGUUCUGAUGUGCCCCAGAUUAGCCGAGAGUCUUCAUUGCAAAAUUGUGCUCUUUUUCUUAAACAGCUUCGAAAGUUCCUUAGGUCGCAUUGCUAGCCGUAGUUAGAGAAUUAGGUUUUCCAAAGAAUUAAAAACCUUCCUGUAGUAUCACAUUAAUACUUUCCCUGGUGUCCUGUAACGUUUUAUUUUAGAAUGAUGAAUUAAAUGUGUAGGAAGUGAUGUUGUUAGAUUUUGGUGUGCAAUGGUAAAUGUGAAAAGUCAGCGCAUAAAGGACCAAAAGUGACGACUGUUGCCAAAAGGUGCCAGCCAACCACGUGCACCCGAUUCUGUAAACUUGGUGCUCUCUCUUCAAAUGCCUUCAACAACUGAAGGGCGAAUGGGACGUUCUGAGGGAAAAGGUAUGGGGUCAUUGGCAGUAGGUUGUAUUCAUGGGCUCGAGGGCUGCUUGCUGGCGUCUCCGGAGGAGCUGCCGAGUUAAACGGUGCCAUGACUGUCCCUGUUAGUGGUGCUGAGGUGGUGGUUUCAUUUUUCGGGAGAAGUGAAAGAAAAGGGCUGGUCCUUUCAUCCCUGAGAAAUUGCUUUUUUUUUUCUUCUCUUAAGAAUUCUCUUUAAGGCUUUUGUAGCUCCUCUUUAAGGAGAGUUGGAAUGGGUAUGGCCUAUUUGAGUUCAGAGGUUUUCAUUUUGAAGACCUGAUAUGUAACUGCCAUAAAUUUCAGGAAAAAAAGCCACAAUCCUGUUUCCUGUGUUGGGUUUCUGGUGAGCGCAGCGUCGGUUUGUAUCGCUGGAAAACGUUAACGUUCUUUAAGCCAAAUCGGGGCAGAGGUUUGAGAACUCACUGCUGCUUUCAAACUGCACUGUGUGGAGGAAGGCUGGUGGGGCAGAAAAGGAGCAGCAGGAGAGGGCAGACCUGUUUAGCAGCAAACAUUCAAGCAAGUGAAGCAUGUGUGUGUGAAAUCGAGUGUAACUUAUGUGGCCGUGUGCAGCACCGACUGUGCAGCCUCGGGCUGGCAGCAGGACGGAGAGCUGGAGCAGCAGGACGGGGCGGGCAGCUCUGAGCCGGGAACAGCUGGUGCCUUGGUUGAGCCUGUACUACUGGAGAAUUAACCUCUGCUGAGUGCGUAGUGUGUGUUCUGUACCUUUUAAUUGUGCUUUACCUCUAUUUAAAAGCUUUGUACUGCCUCUCCUAUUGGAAACUGGUAAAGCCUUUAUUCGUCUAAAUCGGCGAGCUUGCACAAUCUUGUAUACAGGAAACCCAUCUUGUCUCUAACGUGAUUAUUCAUGUACUAUCCUGUAAAAACUGAUUAAAAGGAGAGCAGUUGGCCUG